GAAUCAAAACCUGUAGAGUAGCCUAGUCCACUACACAAGAGGAAGAUUCAGAAUCAAGAAAAGAAUAAUGCAUGUUCUUGACAGUAAACGUUAGCUAGUUAGUGGAAGGCAUGCACAGUAUGGUAGAUAUGAUCAGAUCAACUGUAAUGAAAAUAAAAUAUUAUCAAGCACUCCCUUGAAAUUAAGGACAGACUAAAUAAUCAUAGUCUGAUAUUAGGUGUUACCUAAGUAUUAAGCAAUGGCAUGUAGAUGUUAUUUCCCUGGACAAUGAGAUAUUUUUAAAAGAUAAUCAACAUCAGCAGAAAUUCCAGUCUACACAAGGAACUUCCCCUAGCACAUUGGCACGCCUAUAAACUGUUCUCCCAACCCACUUAUCAUCAGUUACUUGUACAGACAGCAAAGUGAUUUUGUAAAUUAAAUAUGCUGGCUUUGUGGGCGAUGAUAGUGCCACUACUAGCCUCCUCGGUUGUUGUCCAGAUAGACAAACCGGAUCCUGUGCUGGUGGAGUUCGGGGGGACCGUAGAUUUAAAUUGCACCGCGACUGGAUGCCCUGAGCAGCCAUCAUUCACCUGGCGUCCAGUAGAUGACAAACCCUUCAAACUAAUAAAGGAGGAAAAUGGGUUUGUGUCCUUCAAAAGUCAAGCGCUGACAAACAUCGAAAUGGUAUGCAGUGUUAUGUGUAAUCAAACACGUCCACUUACACGCAAGAGGAAGAUAGUGGUUUACUCUUUCCCGAGCGACCCUGAGAUAUCCGGAGAAGAUAAUCUGACAGUGGGUGUAAAGCAGACGGUCACCUGUACGGCUCGGAACCUAUACCCUGAUGAGGUGUCAGUCGAGUGGGUGCACGGAAACAUGAGCGUUGAAGGCCGCAACUUCAUACAUAAAGAGCAGGCAGGAACAUCGACAGUCUCUUCCAAAUACAUAUUUACUCCCACUGCUCUGGACAACGGAGGAAACAUUACUUGUAAAGUCAUCCAAAUUAUACCAGCAGGUCAUGGAAAAAGUUCAAAUAUUACACGUACACGCUCAGCGCCAUUGACAGUUAACUUGAACUACCUCAGGAAUAUAAUUAUAUCGGGGGAACAAAAUUUGACGAUUGGAAAGACACUGUCCCUAACCUGCAACUCAGAUGGAAACCCACUUCCUGUCCCAGUGUGGACAAAAGCUGGGAAGGUUUUAGACAGCACCAAUAUAAGCACAAUUGUUAUUACGAACAUCACCUGGUCUCAUGCAGGUCAAUAUGACUGUGAGGCAAACAACACUGCUGGGAGUGUGAAAUCCAGUGUAACAGUGAUCAUUCAAGGCCCUCCCGGUGGUACACAAGUGAGCGUCUCCCCGUCUGCGGAGAUGCUGAGUGGCCAGAAUGUGACCAUCAGCUGCACAGCUCUCAGCUUUCCACCUGCCACCUUCACCUUGUUCAGGCAGGGCCACAGACAACCGCUGCAGUCUGGAGAUGGCACGUUCCACCUGCUUCACCUCACACAUGAGGACACAGGGCUCUACCUGAUCAACAUCACCAACCACUUGGGCUAUGUCAUGGAGACAUUCCAGCUAAGCGUUGCAAGCUCACCUGUCCUGCCUGCAGCUGUCCUUCCUACAGUGGGUUCAGCAUCACUUUUGACUGCUUUGGUACUGCUGCUUCGGUUUUUGAGAUCAAGAAAACAUUCAAAUGACAUCGGCAAUGGCAUGGUGGACAUAGUGGAGAAUGCACUGUGAUCAAGUCGUAUGGAGUUGUAUGGGAUGAUACAACACAUAAUACAGUGCUCCAUCAGUGGAAUGACUGCUGACACUUUCUGGAAUAAUUAAGGUGACUUGUUUUAUUUUCUCAUAGCCAACAUUGCUACAGGAUUCCCUGAUACUACUCUUGGUUUUGUCGUGGAGUCAAUACUCCAGGCCAAGAUUCCAAGCAGGUGGUUUAGUGGCAGAUCUAGGUAAGAUAACCCAGCGAUAGAAUAGCCUAAGGGCUUCAAUCUCUAAACUUAACAAAGCCAAAGGGCUGUUUUAUUAGGAGGUUACCACUUCCGCUGAAUUUACUUACCCAGGUUUGUUAUUUAACCACCUACUGAAAUACACCCCUGAUUUACAUCAAAGGCUUUUUACAACAAAUUGCAGUGUGAAGUGGAUUGGUUGGGGCUAGAUAUGGGUCUUCAAAGAUGGCAUUGCCAUUCUUCUCUGGAUUCAAAUUAACAAUAAAGAUGUAUUCUAGAGAUUAAAAAGAUUUGUCAUAAUGUAACACGCGAGCCUUUUCUACUUUCAAGAAUUUAUUUUCAGCAAAUAAUGUACUACAACCAUGUCAGUUUUAGACUUCAAUGUGUUUGUGCAGUAUAGAUACACUUUUUAUAUACAAUUAUACAUUUCUGUGGAGCCAACUAACCCAGAUGGCCUUUGCUCCCUUGCUUAACCUCCAUUAAUCAGUGGAUGAGCAAAAAACUGUUUAAAGCUAAAUGAUGACAAAACAGAGGUACUUUUGGUUGGACCAAAAUCAAAGCGAGACAACGUUCUUAGUAAUCUGGGAACCUGGCACAGCAGGUCAAACCAAAAGUAACAAGCCUAGCCUGUGAAAGUCAUUUAAUCAAAACACAUACUAAGAACAUACUAAGGCUAACCGCUUAAAGUCCGCAUCAACGGAGUAAUAUAUAUAUAUGUGUGUGUGUGUGUGUUCCUGAUUGGAUCAUAAAUGGCCACAGCAACGAAGAGGAAUGACUGAUUCUUUUUUAUUAUUGUGUUAUGUUCCAAAUAUAAAGCACUUUGAGUUGCAUUCUAUGUAUGAAAGGUGCUAUACAAAUAAAGCUUAUUAUUAUUAUU